AUGGAAAGUCAAAGUCAAAUUAAUCAAGAAAACCCUUUACAAAAUGAAUGUUUUUUACAUUAUUUGAUACAUAACAAUGUGCCCUGUGAUUUCAAUAGACUUCAUAUUGAUCCUUCGUACGCUCAAGCCUUGUAUGGUGAUUACUUUAAUCAUUUAAUUUUCGAAUACUUCAGACCAAAAUUUCCGCCAUUCAUAAACGUGGAGGAAUAUGUCUCCGAAAAUGAAAAAAAUAAGAAAAUCAAAGACAUGAGUAAAAUGAACAAAGGGAAUGGUUUUAUGGUUUACCGAAAAAUACUCAAUAAACAUCUGGAAAUAUUAGGAGAACGUAUUACUAUGCAGCAACUUUCUCCUCUAGCUGGAUCAUUAUGGGGUAGUGAACCAGACCAAGUAAAAGAGUUCUAUAAAGAACUUUCAGAAAAGAUAAAAAAAGUACAUAAUGAUCGAGUAGAGAGCUAUAUAAAAAACAAUCGUAAUGAAAACAUGAGCCGUAAAACAAUUAAGGAUAUGACUACAAAGAAUGGAGGAAAUGGCUUUAUUAUUUUUAGAAAACAACUUAAUGAACUUUUAAGAUCAUUAGGAUACAACUUUAGUAUGCAGGAACACUCAAAGAUUGCUAGCUAUCUUUGGAGUAUACAACCAAAAGAAGUGAAAAGUCAUUUUAAAGAACUUUCGGGUCAAUUUAAGAAAACACUUAAUGAUCAAUUAAAGCAAAUGUUUUGUAAAUCAGACAAUGAUAAUAAUGAACCAAUCAUUGAUAACGACUCCUUGAAUAUAAAAUCAAAUAAUGAUGACAAUGGAUUGAUCAUGAGUUAUAUAAAACUAGACAAUGAUGCGUCCACAAAUGAUGUUCACGAUUCCUGCUGGACGGGAGAAUCAAAACCAUAUGGAUCGUUCACAAAUGACUUCAAUAAUUACCUGAAAUUGGGACCAGAAUCAAUCGUUGAAAAUUCAAUCGAAGAGAAUUUUUUUUUGACUCAAUAA